CAAUGGAGCUCCCGGGGCUUAUGGAUAACGGAUGCAACACUAUAUGGCUUACAUGGAACCAACCCAAGCCAACGGCAAUAACCACCACGGCAACAAUAGUAGUAGUAGUAGUAGUAAUGCACAUAACUACGCAAAAAUUUUCUAGCGAAGAGACCGGAAAAUGUGUUAUGGCAGCUAGUUGGGGGUGUUCGUAAUUCGAUUGGGGUGUUCUCCCCCGCACACGCAUCAGAUAACUGUACUGUAUGGGUUUUCACUACUGUUUGCUCUGAUUUCUUAAAGGAGCAAACAUCCUUAACUACGGUACUGUACUCGUAACAUCGCUUUAGAAUUCGAGCAGGGUUCUUGCCACACGGUGCAUUAGAUGAGUCAGGGCAAAGUGCCGUUUGUUUGUUCUAUCAUGGUGGAGACGACGGCCCAUUAUCGAAAUUUUCGACCCGUUCCGGCCUACUCUUAUCAGAAUUGUUCGACAACGCGUAUAACGCAAAUACAAAGGCAUAGGUAUUUCCAACCGUCCUCUCUGCCCUCCUACUCCGUAGAGCGGUGCCAUAGGUUUGGUUGAAUCACACGAAAAUUGCAUCAACUAGCACUCACAUUGCCCCUACACAAUGGUUUAGUGUAAAUCACCUUUUGCUAUGCUGCUGUUGUGUGCGACCCUGUGCGAUGUGGAUCUACCACAUUGAUGAUGGAGGGGGUCGUUGUCGCUUAUUAGCAGCAAGUCGUCGCGGUCGUCGUCAUCUAGCAACCGAGCACUGCGUAGUGUGCCGUGUUGGAAGUAGCAUAUAGCAAAGGCGAAUUUUGUAACCUCAGGUUACUCGGAUGUGUUCUUGCUGGAGUUAGUGGAACACUCCUAAAAUAAUACGAUGAAAACACGCAGCAAGAAAAAGCAAGCUUCUGCAAGCACAACAAAAACUGGAAAUUCCAAGACUCAGUUAACCAUGGACAGCGCAACGGGUUCCGGGCUGAUGGAGGAGUAUGAUCUGAUGAAACAACAAAAGUAUCGCGUGUACAUCUCGAACAUAGAUAAGGCGCUGAAAAACUUCGAAUAUUCCAGUGAAUGGGCCGAUCUGAUCUCGGCGCUCGGCAAACUCAACAAAGUGAUCUCCUCCAACGCACAGUUUCAAAUAAUUCCGCGGCGGAUCAAAAUUUCAAAGCGCUUGGCACAAUGCAUGCAUCCAGCGCUACCUUCCGGCGUGCAUCUGAAAGCACUGGAGUCGUACGACGUCAUCUUCAGCAACAUCGGCGUGGAAAGGCUCGCCUCCGAGCUGUUCAUUUACAGUGCUGGAUUGUUUCCGCUGUUGGGCUACUCGGCAAUGAACGUUCGGCCGACUUUGCUUUCCAUCUACGAGAAGUACUUCGUACCGCUCGGCGAGAAGCUGCGACCCGCAUUGAGCGGGUUUCUGAGUGGAGUGUUUCCAGGACUUGAAGCCGGUCAGGAUCACUUUGAGCGUACGAACCAGCUACUGGAUAAAGUGUGCACAGCUGUGCAGCUGGAAUGUUUCUACACCUGUCUAUGGGAGUGUAUUGUAACAAAUGCGUCCGUACGAUUGCCGGCUAUUACGUACGUGCUGGAACACUACGACAAGAAGUUGCCAUGUGCAGUUCAACGAGAACUAAUGGGCAGCAGUGCGGAGCUGAUGGUGAAUGGGUUGUGCAGUUGUCUAAAUGACACUGUUAUAUUGGUGCAGCGAAAUACGCUCGAGUUUCUACUGUUGGCCUUUCCAAUGCACGAUCCAUUGCUGUCCGAGAUGUACACUACGCGACUGGUCAAAACGGCUCUCAAAACGAUUCUACGACGAGACAUGUCCUUAAACCGGCGUCUAUACUCUUGGCUGCUCGGAGCCGACACUAGCAUGGGCAAACAUAUGCAAGGGACAAUAGCAGUGGGAACGGCUGCUUCAGCUUCGACGGCGAAUUCCUCCGAACCGUACGAUCCGAACACAUAUUUCGAGCGACACGCAAAAAACCGCUUAAUAGCCGCGUUUAAGAUGAUCCUGAAGGAGAGCAUAACACACACCCCAGUUGAUCUUAGUCCGUAUAGGAUACUGAUUUCGUUGCUUGACAAGGCAGAAAUCGGUUUACGUAUUCUCGACGAUCUUCUCUGUGACAUUAUCCGUGCAAUAUCGCUCUGUAAUGGUAAUCUUGAGGUUCAAAAGUCGGCCAAUUUGUUGUUCUCGACGUUCGAUCCAGCGUACAUAUGGAAUUAUAUGGCACGGUUGUAUCGUGAAGCCGCAAUUCGGACAGAACGGCAAAGAACCGACACGGAACCGAUACGGAUCGAUUCAGGUACAGCUACCACAGUGGAGGUGUGCCAUUUGACAGAGUUCCUAUUGGAAACGCUCUCGCUGGAGAUGUACAACGAGACAACGCGCGUCCAUUUGCCCAAGUUCCUACUUUCGCUUAUCUCCAUGCUCACCAUGUACGAGAACAAUAUGCACUCGAUUGAAGUAGCCUCGUCGUUGCGGUUGCUAGUGAAAAUAGUCUCCAAAAUCCAACCCAUGAUCAUGUCGGAAAAGGUUUUCGAUUUAACAUUAAACAGAAGCACCAACUCUACCCCUCAUAAUGUCACCGGAUUGCAGGGUGACGGAACGAAAGAAUGCAACAAUCUCGAGAAGAGUAGCAGUGAUUCUAAAAUACACGAAACCUCACUGCAAGUGUUGGAAAAUGGUACAUUUCAGCGAUCCAGCUCGAGUCAGGGAUUGCACAAAAAGGGCAGCGGAGGAGGAUCUGGUCCAGGAAGCGGAAAAUACAGUAAAAAGAGCAAAAAAUCCAAGUCAUACACUAAGCUGAGCGAGCUCAAUUCCAGCCGGGAGGGUUCACUGAAGGGAAGUAAAACGAAGAUCAACCACACGGAAUCGGAAAUAAAGAUAAGUGGCGCGAGUUCCACACCGAACUUAGAAAAUGACAUCGGAGUCAAUGGAAACGAGUUGGCUAGUAGUACAGAAGAUGAUUCAACCGAAGUACGGAAGCGGUAUAGCUGUAGCAGCAGUAGUAGCACAAGCAGUAGUAGCAGUAGCAGUUGUAACAGCAAUUCAAAUAGUUGUCGAAGUCGGAGCAGUAUCGGCAGUGGAGCAGAAGAUUCCUGCAUGGGGAAAGGGAUCAUCAUACAGGUUCCCUCAGAAAACGGAGGUAUUGCUGCUGCUGCUGCUGCUGCAGGUGGGUCCACAGUAGCUCAGUUACCCGACUGUCCCAUCUUGGAUCGCUGUAUACGACAGUAUGUGUCCUUUUUCGAACUUUACAUAUGCCGCAGGCUGUUAUCUCACGUGGACAGUUCGUGUGGUGAACAUGUGAGUCUGCAGGAGAAUGUUAUUCUGAAUGUAAAUGACCCCGCGGCGAGUACGAUAUCUUCGAGCGAUCAGGAUUUGAUUGUUAUUAAUACACUAAUGUGCGAACUGAAUGAAGUGUUUGAAACACUUUUGACAAAUGCACAGUCUUCGAGAGUUAAACUUAGCGCAAUGCUGGCACAGUCGGUGGAGCGACGAUCGGAUGCAUCUGCUGCCAAAGUCCCAGUUCGAGAGAUGAACCGAAAGCAGGAUUACGAAAUAGCGCAGCUGGUGCGAGGCAAUGAAAAAUUAUUCCGAGUCUCACACACACCCGUCUGUGAAUCGUUAAGAAAUGCUCUCAAGUUGGCCUGCAACGUUCUUACGGAAAUGUCUUCGUUUCCAAGCUACCGAAACGAGGGUGGAAACACGGAACAUUUGGAUGACGUGCCAGGUUGGCUUAAGGCACUUACCGUGCUAGCAAUCUUCGUUAGCGACCUGGAUACACAGCUCUCUGCUGCACAAACGUUGAUCGACAUGAUUGGCUUACUCCGAACGAACGGAAAGAAAUCGUCCAAGGAGGCUAGCAAUGGCAAAACGAUCGUGCUUAUGAUGCCAUUGCUGAAGCUAUCACACGUUAACUGUUUGGAGAGGCGUACCAAAGUGUUUCAGGUGCUGACCACGAUGCUUUGGGAUUAUCUCGAAGCGUCUCGACCAGAGGCACGCAUCAUAAGCCAACUAUUGUACCGUAUACACAACUGUCUUGAUAGUCGGUUUACGGAACAUGUUAUAAUUGAUCGAUUACUCGUACCCCAAACCUUGUUUGACGAUGAUGAAACUGCUGAAGAUCACUACCGAGGUGUGAUGGAGCGCACCGUGCGACGUCGCGAUCCGUCAGCACUGCACGCUCUUUGGCAAAUUCCGGUAUUAGCGAAAACAGAAUUGAAAAUCGAUUCAGAAGGUUUUCGCAAAUUUCAAUUGCUGUGGAAGCUUGGUCGCGACACCUACCACGGAAACGAGUUUGAGAAGCUGUUAUUUUUGGUACUAGAUUCGCUCACCUUACCUAGGAAUGUUUCGAUUCAGGUGAAGACGGCUAAUUGGCUGCGAGAGGCACUAGUGCGUGGCGAUAUAGGACGUAUAUUGAAGUUGCUCUUGAAAAUUUUGUUAAACGAAAGCACGAAGCGUUUAAGUAUCUUCUGUCCAAAGCGGUUAAAAGGAACAGGAGCAGGAUCAGAGCUGGAUGAUAGUACUACGAAUGGUGGAUCUGUAAGUGAGUGGGAGAAGGAGUUACUCACCGAUGCAGACGUGCAGUUAAAUCAAACUUGCUUUGCGGUCAGCUCGGAAGAUGGUCAGAUACGGUACCAUAUGGAUCCAACUGCUGGUUUGGGCAAGAAGCGAAGUCCCAUCAGAUCAAUUCAGAAAAAGAUAUUUGGCGUCUCCAUUGGUGGAGGAGGCAGCGGCAAUUCCAAGGGAGGUGAUGCUGGACGCUCUGGCAAUCCCGGAACUGGUGGACACCUGAUUUUGUCCAACUAUGUAACGAACGAAAGUGUUGGAAAGAAGGUGCAGCAGGUGGGUGGUUUACCAUCAGAGCAGGGAGACGACGGAGGACAAUACGGAAAGAUUUCGGUGAUUAUCAAUCCACUAGAAUCAGACCAAUUACCCACAAAAGCCACUUCAAUGAGAAAUCGGUCUAAUUCGAUGGGACUUUUAGCAGCCGUCGAUAUGGAUAGCGGUAUUUCGGAACCGAGUUCUCUUGCCACACCAGGAGGAUCGUCCCAGUUCGGGAAGAAGGAAUUCCACCGUUCAACGUCCGAUCUUGAUGAUACGAAUGAUAGUGAGCCGGACUUUCCAGGACAUACACGAGGGAAGCAACGAAACAGUAGACUCCGAGGCUCGGAGGGAUAUAUAGAUAAUGAACCGAUCAAACGAUACGUCGAAGAUGGCCCAAUAGUGGAUUUCAUUAGCAAAUCAAGUGAUCGUUUUCGCAAUCGUAAAACAUACCUCAUCUCAUCGGGAAACCUCUCUGGCGCUGGGGAGGACUCGCUGCUUUCCGGUUCCUCCUAUACGUUGACAAACGGAUUAUCUCCGUCGGCGAAUGGAACAAUCACCACUGAUGAAAUUACAAACGAGGAUGGAAGUAUCACUAUGACUACGACGACUACCACCAGUGCAUUCGCUGAAGGCUCGGCUGGCAGCGAAGAAGAAAAGGCAGCUCCGAAAGUGACGUUCACUCGCAUCAAGAGCUGGCGCAAUGGAAAUAAACUGUACCCUUUCCAUACACACUUUCUUGUGUACGAGUCUGUGUUCAAUACGAAGCAGGUCCUGUAUAUGAUCGAAACACUGCGCAAUAUUCUCACGAAUGAUGCUCGCUUCUUUUUAUGCCUCUCGGUGACGACCUCCGUCUCAAGUGGGCAAAUCAAAUCGUUGCUUCUACGUCACCGGCGCAAUAUCUUUGGCAAGGGCUUUACGGAGGCCCGAGACGACUCGGAGCAUCAGAAUUUGUACCGUGGAAGCAUGUAUCUAGAGGUGAUACUCACCGUACUGCUGUACUAUACGCGCAGCUAUCAGACCGAUCAGGGCAGGGAUGGCAAAGGAAGGCAACCGUCACGUGACGAUUUUAAUACGAACGCCAAGAUUCAGCUUGAGUGUAUUGAGCUGAUGACCACGAUUUUCGGUGAGUUAUUGGCAGUGGUACGGGACGUGGGCAAAAAUCUCGCCAACUACGUUGCGGACCUGCUGGACAAGUGUAAGGUGCAGAAGGUUGUGCUCUAUUGUUUGGCGUCCUCGGUGAACUAUUUCUCUAGCCCCGGCGGCUAUACUUGCCCUGCGGAUGAGGUGCUUCGGUACAGUGAUCCGGAAAGCACGCGUCAAAAUGCAGAGGCAUACCAAAUCGAGCUUCUUCGCUUGCUGCUAGCAUUGUUGAAACUGGAGCAUGAGAUCAUGUUGCAACGUACGGACGGUGUGGAGGGAAGUGCAGUAUCGGGAACAUCUGGAACACCCAAUAUUGUGGGAAGUUCAACGACGAGCAGUAAGAGUGGUGCUGUCACCUCUUCAAGUACUUCUCCAACUAAGGUUGCACCGGAAACAAAGCGUACGUACCGCUAUACACCCAACUUAUUGCUCGCGCAACAACCCAUGUUCCUGUCCACGAUUUUGUCUGCGCUCGCAUGCGAUCGAUUGCAGCACGUGCACAAGAACUGGACCGAUAUGAUAACGGCCUGCCUGACUUGUCUACCGCCCGGCAACCUCACAAACAUCGUGAUCAGCGUGAUUCAUCAGCUCUGCAAUAACCUGGACAGGGUGACUAGGCGCGAGCGCAUCCUUGUACAAUCGAUCGACUACAUCGUCUCGCAGCUUGAAGCAAUCACAGUUCUUGCCCACUACUGCCUGUUAGAUAGUUCGCAACAAAUUUCACUCGCUAGCAUGUUCAAUGCAUCCACGGGAUCGAAUAACGGCUUAACUUCCGCAACGGCAAACCAAUCCGGACAGAUCAUUAACAAUAUAAUGAAUGUGUUUCUGUCCUACUCUUCUUCGUUGCUGAGCGGUGGCAUAAAUCAACAGGUGAAGAAGAACCACCAAGAAGUGGCAAAAGCGGCUAUUUUAAGUCACCUACCUCGUAUUAUUAUCACUAUCGCCACGCUCUGGGAGACGACCAUCAGCGAUUUUCGGAGAGGAAAGCAUCAGCUGUUGGAAUUCCUGAGUCCUAUCUCAAUGCACUAUGGCACUAACUUCCUGACCGCGAUUGCUGUUGCUUGGUAUGAGCGUAGUAAUAAUGAUUUUUCGGGUAAGGCGUCAACUGCAAGUGAAGCAACGGGAAAUGAAGCUGCCGACGUGGAUUUCUUUGACAUUAUGUCAAAAGCGCUACCUCAAGCGAGCGAUAACCAACUUCUAUUGGUGAAGUUGAUCACUGGUAUACGUAUCAUGUCGGUGGAUUCCUUUAUACAAACGAUGCAUCAGGUCAUUAAAAGCCCACCCGCGAUCUAUCAACCGCCGGUGGGCCUAAAUCUGGAAGUGAGCGCACUGGAACUGUUAUACUUUUUCCUAAUAUCCGGUGUUUCACCUGCGCAGUACACUGACUGCUGGAGUUCGUUGUACGCGUUAUUAAAGGACUGCCUGGGACUGCAAAUAACGGCACAGUUUGUAGCACUUUCCAUACUGAACGAGUUUGUGCAGCGAUGCCCGACGAUGCCGUUCUCGGACAAGAAGGACCUUCGGGACUUACACGACGUGACUUCACGUUUGGUGGAAGCGGUGUCGAAUGUAGCCGGUUCCUGCCUCGAACAGACAACCUGGCUGAGGCGCAACCUGUCGGUGAAAGAGGAAUUUAGUUCAAUCGAGAGCACAGGAAAGGAUGGUCUGUUGAUGCCUUCGAAUCAGCACUACUCGAUACAGGCACAGUCGAUUCUGGCCACCAUUCUAGCAUCGUUACUUGACGUUGCGUUCAGCUCGCAGGAAAAGGAUAAAGUGACGACUAUCGUUACCGGUGUAAUGUACAAUAUCGUGCCUUACCUUAAAACGCACACCGUGAAAAACAUUCCGACAUUUCACGCCUGCUCGAAUCUGCUGGCCAGCUUAAGCACAUACCAGUACAUUCGAAAAGCUUGGCGAAAGGAUGCGCUUGAUUUGCUGUUGGAUACUGCAUUCUUUCAAAUGGAUAGCCGCUGUUUGCCGUACUGGAAAACUAUUCUGGAUAGUUUAAUGACCUGUGAUAAUACUACCUUUAGAGAUCUUAUGAAUCGUUUACCAUUAGCGCAAACCGGAACAUUGAAUAUAUUUACGUCCAAGGAGCAGGAAUAUGAGCAGCGCGCGUUGUUGCUGAAGCGGCUUGCUUUUAUCAUUUUCUGCAGCGAAGUAGAUCAGUACCAUAAAUAUAUGCCGGAGAUUCAAGAACAACUUGCUAACAGUUUGCGUCUACCCCAAGUAGUGCCGUUAAUCCAAUCGGCUGUUUUCUUGUGCUUCCGAGUGCUGCUGCUGCGAAUGUCAGCCGAUCAUGUGACCAGCCUUUGGCCAAUCAUCAUCGCAGAAAUGGUCCAAGUGUUUCUAUCGAUUGAACAGGAGCUUAUGACGGAUACGGAAGAAUUUAGAUCUCAAUCAAGUCAACACAUCCGUAUGCUCUCGGGAUUGGAUACGGCUUGGGUCACGAACACAAGCAACGGACUUUAUUCUUAUGGACAUCCGCACUGGCGAAUGGUUCAACUAGAAACGGCCAAGUUACUCGAGUUGGGUUGCGUGUUGCCGGCAACCAUUUUGCCGCACUUUCAAAUGUACCGAUGGGCAUUCGUAAGCAGCCAAAACGAAAAUCUACAUAAAUCGGGUGGAUACGAUGAGAAGAAAAUGGCCUUCAUACCUCAUGUUUCCAGAAUAUCUCAACUAAUGGAUCUUCGCUAUACAUCUCACUCACCGAAAACGCAAACCACAAAGGGUAAGCACAUCAUGCUGACAUGCCAGUCGAUAAACACCCUGCAAGACUUGUACGGCUUUUUUUCGACACUAUCGAUGCGCUGGCCAUCACACAUCUCAUACAGUGACACUGAGAAGGACACAAAACAAUGUUUGGAGGAAGUCGAGUACGUGCUGGCGCUGGACUUUUUGGAGAAAAUUCCUUCAACUAAAUAGUAGCAACAAUCAUACUUCUAGCAGUAGAAACCAUUAGGUACAAGAGAGCACAGAUACGCACACGAUUGGUGCCAGCCACCAUGAAUCCAUCACCUUUCGGAACCAAUUCGUGAUUUACUUCAGUAUUGUUGUUUUUCAAGUACGAGUAGAACCAUGGCAGAGUGCUCGUGAUGUUCUAAUGUUAUCGUUUUCUUCCUCCUCCUCCUUCUCCUCCUCCUCCUCUUUCGUAAACUACAUAUUUCUCAAGUUCAAUUCGAGAGCAUUGAAUGUGUCUCAAAAAAGCUAGAUGAAAUUCUGCAUGCGCAGAACUCUGAUAUUAGCGUUAAGUUUAUUAUUUAGUAAGUAUUCUUCCCAACUGUUUAUGCUAAUCUGAAUUCAAGUCGUGUGCGUCACUCUUUUACAUAUGCGUCUAUUUGUGUGAGUGUAUGUGAUUUAAAGAUAUCAAGACCAUGUUUGACCUAUCGAUGUUUCCAAAUAUUCGGCUAUAAAAGUGUGCAGGCUACCGAUUGUUUGUGGAGUAUUGAUUAAGUAAAAUUGCAAUUGGAAAAGGGUACAGCGAAAGCGAUAAGCGCAUGGAUGUGGAACGCAGUGUGAUGUUAGUAAGUAAGUCGAGAUGUAAUUGUGAGUCGUUAGACAAUGUGUAUGCUUUAUCUGUAGAUGCAAGUAAUCGAAGGGAGAAGAAUGUUAUCAUAAUUUAUGAUUGAUGAUUUUUAAGAAUGAUUUGAUGAAUUGAUCAAUAAAUGCUGUUUGAACUACA